UUCCAGGCUGGAUGUGUAUUGUCUGUCAAGAGAAUGGGCAUAGCAAUAUCCGUUGCCAGGAAAUUAUAAGCAGAGUUAGGUAAUUUAUCUACAAGGGAAUGUGCGCCGGUAGAUGCUCUUAACAAUAGCCCAUGUGUCCACUCUCACCACUCCAGGGAAUGGAGGGUUUAUUUGUCUGAUGAAGCUCGCUUUCUGUUCCCCUUUGCCGACCAGAGGGAAGAGGAUAGCCCUUGUCGGCGAGGUACACACAGGUUUGGAGGGUAGAUCGACGGCGGGGUGACUUGCUGUCCCUCUCAAGCCACCUGAGAGGAUAUUAUCGAGAUAUCCGAGCAAGUGAGAAGUGUCCAUAAAUCGCCUCAGUCAUCCUGGUGUGACAUAUUUCACUCAGACGGGAGAACUGGAUGUGAAAGCAGGUCGACAGAAUGUUCCAGCUCCCUGUCAAUAACCUCAGCAGUUUACGGAAAGCCAGGAAGAAUGUCAAGAAGGUCCUGGGAGACAUUGGCCUGGAGUUCUGCAGAGAUCACCUAGAGGACUAUCAAGACUUUACUCCUCCAGAAGUGUACAUAAAGCACACAAGCUGGGAAGAUGUCUGCAUGUGGGAACCAUCGCACACUAAAGUCCAGGACUACAGGUCAAAGCCUUUCUGCUGUUCUGGCUGUCUCUUUUCAUCCAAGUACUUCUCAGCAUACAAGAGCCACUUUCGCAAUGUUCACAGUGAAGACUUCGAGAACAACAUUCUGCUCAACUGCCCUUACUGUACUUUCAAUGGCAACAAAAAGACUCUGGAAACGCAUAUUAAACUUUUCCACAUGCCUAACAACACUGCGCGGCAGGGCCACGGUAGUAUGGCAGGGGGUGCUGGUGGCCUCAUGAUGAAGGAUGGCCUGCUAAAGAGGAUUGGGGACAGCGUGGAGCAGGCAGUGUAUUACUGCAAGAAGUGCACCUACAGGGACCCUUUGUACAAUGUGGUGCGAAAGCACAUUUACCGGGAACACUUUCAGCAAGUGGCCCAUCCCUACAUUGCAAAACCUGGUGAGAAGACAAAUGCUCAUAAUGGUGGCACAGCAGGAAAGACGGAAAGUAACAACAUAAAUAGUGUUAACAGCAACCAGAUUCACUGCAAGAAGUGUCUGUUUGUUCCCCGGACCUACGAGGCACUUGUCCAGCAUGUCAUAGAGGACCACGAGAGGAUUGGCUACCAGGUUACUGCAAUGAUUGGGCACACCAGUGUGAUAGUCCCCCGACCCAAACCCAUCAUCAUGUUCCCUCCCAAAACUCAAGGAGACAAGACGAUCAUUGGGAUGGGCCCUAAAGGGGCGGUAAUGGCCACUACAAGGUCUCCUGCCUCCCAGCAGCUUAGUCGAGCUGUCAUUGCAUCAAAGACCAGCUUCAACUCUCACAAUCUUCUGUCUGGAAUCAAACAUGACUCAAUGGGAUUAAAGGCAGGGACCACUCAGCCGUUCUCUGUGGGUAACCAGCAGGUUAGACUUAAUCUCCCAGGGAAUGCCCAGGUUUCUGUGCCUCAGCAGUCGCAUGCAGCAAAGCAGCUUGUUUCUGGCAGUAACCUGCGGAGCCCACUUAUGGCUGGUGCUUCUUCUUCACUCAAAUCCAACCCUCUGGGUUCACGUGUUCAGGCAGCGGCUACCACUGUAGCCUCUGUUACGGCAAAGAAAGGGAGUUCCUCUGUCCUUGGCACAUCCUACACCCAAAAAUGGAAAAUCUGUACGAUUUGCAAUGAACUCUUCCCAGAGAACGUUUAUAGUUCUCAUUUUGAGAAGGAGCACAAAGCAGAAAAGGUGCCUGCUGUGGCAAACUACAUCAUGAAGAUCCACAAUUUCACCAGUAAGUGUCUCUACUGCAACCGUUAUCUCCCCAGUGACACCCUGUUAAACCACAUGUUGAUCCAUGGUCUCUCCUGUCCACACUGCCGCGCAACAUUCAACGACGUCGAGAAGAUGGUGGCUCACAUGCGGUUGUCACACCCAGAGGAGAGGGUGGGUCCCCGCACAGACUCUCCUUUGACUUUUGACCUCACUCUGCAGCAGGGAAACCCAAAAAAUGUUCAGCUCAUUGUCACUACAUACAACAUGAGAGACGCUCCUGAGGAGUCUGUGGCCUUUCACGCUCAAAAUAAUGCCACUACUUUGUCAUCAACACUGUCUGCGUCUUUAAUAUCAGGCAAGAGGUUAUUGCCUCAGCACCCACCCAAAACACCUUCAGGGCCCCCAGACGUUGCACCUGUCAAGAGUGCCCCACAGGCAUCCGUGCCCUAUAAGAGGGACGUGGGCAAAACACUGUGUCCUCUUUGUUUCUCCAUCCUCAAAGGCCCAAUCUCAGACUCCCUGGCCCACCAUCUCAGAGAGAGGCACCAGGUGAUCCAGACAGUCCACCCGGUAGAAAAGAAACUCACUUACAAAUGUAUUCACUGCUUGGGGGUUUAUACAAGCAACAUGACUGCCUCUACUAUCACUCUACACCUGGUGCACUGUCGAGGUGUAGGGAAGCCUCAAAAUGGGCAGGACAGCCGGGCAGCUCAUUCUUCUCGGGUCAGUCAGUCUCAGAGUAGCGUUCUGAAACGGGCCAGCUUUGAUAGCACUGACACUAGCGCUCCAAAACGAAGGAGGCCAGGACCCCCUGGGGAAAGGGCCCAUCCUCGGGAUCUCAGCGGUCCCUUUACAUUUGUAGAAAACCCUGAUGAACCUGUAGUUCUAGCGCUCGACCCCAAAGGACAGGAGAACCAGUCUUACGAGUCCAGGAAAGCUUUUCUGACGCAGUAUUUCAAUCGAGCGCCAUAUCCAACACAACAGGAGGUGGAGAAGCUAGCGUCCAGUCUUUGGCUGUGGAAGUCUGACAUCUCCAGCCACUUUGUUGCUAAUAGGAGAAAAUGUGUACAGGAAUGUGAGAACCAGCAUGCCAAAGUGUUGCUGGGGUUCAGCAUGCACGAGCUUGGCAAACUGAGUCAUGAGCUGUUUGUCGAGGAUGGUGUGUUUGAGGGUAGACAUGGCAAAAGGCGGACAUCGAAGACACAUAUGGGAGUGUCAGAGCAGGCUCUCCAGAGACACAAGGAGCUUGUAGCUGCUAAUGGGGGGGUGACUCGAAAGCUAACCAGUAACUUGGAAGGUUCAAAAAUGACUUUGUCUGUUCCCAACCCCAGUAAAGCCAACACAGACCAAACCAAGACACUCAGAAGCACCUUACCACAGAAAAUGCCUCUAGACCUUUCUGAGCCAAUUUCCAUUGACUCUGACAGUGAGGAGGAAGAGCAGCAGGAGGAUAACAAGAAACCAGUGGGCGAGGUAGAUCUCCAUGGCAACCAGCAGCUUACUGGGUCUAAGCCAAAAGCAACCACCAAGAUAGUUUCAGAUCUAGAUGACAUGUCUGAUGAUGAUGAUGAUGAUGACGAUGACGACGACGAUGAUGAUGACGACGACGACGAAGAUAAUGAUGAUGAUGAUGAUGACGACGAGGAGUUAGGAGCACAUGUAGAGAAUGGCUUCGGAACAUCAGAAGGCUCAGGAAGACAGGCCCCUAAGGGAAGAGAUGCUCUUCCCAUCAUAAUUCCCAAGUUUGUACCAUCAUCCGCAAGAAGUGGGAGAGAUGGAGCCCAGCUGGGCAAACAGCAAGUCUGACUGAUUUAAAACUUUAAAAAAAGAUUCAGUUUGGGAGGUAUUUCAGAUUUCAUCCACACCAACAAAUCUGCCUCUUCCGAAUUAAAGGACACUGCAGCUGUACUGGGCGACUAAGGCAGUGAAGAGGAGACGACUCAAAACAAGCCAUUGAGCGAUAUCUAAAGGCAGAACUAGCCUGUAUUGAUUCAAAGAUCUGUGAACAGUUAAGAUUGUUUCUUCCUACGUGAGAAGGAAGGAAGGGAAGGUGAUAAGACUGAAGUUAAAAAAAAAAGUUUUGCCUUCUUUAUUACAUUGACUUAAGGAGUUAUUAACAUUGAUUUUAGCCACUGAGCUUGACAGUGUGGCUGAAAUGUUUGACUUGUUUUAAGGUAAAAGCUUUUAAGAUGACCAGAAAAUCCAUCGUUUUUCAUGUAGUUAUACUGAGGUAGCUAGUGUAAAUUUGUACAGCCUUUUAGACAUGAUUGGACACAUGUUGCUGUACAUGUACAGUUAAAUAUUUGCUAUUACCUGUGUGUAAGGUAGCCUCAUAUGUUCUCCAUUGGUAUGUUUAACUAUAGAUGUCGCUUUGGUGGCUGGUAUUUUCUUGUAUCUUUUUUGUUUUUUUUCUUUCUUUUAUAGAAAGUAGCUUAUUUGCAAACAGUUCCCUAUAUAUAAAUUGAAUAAUUUUUGUUGUUUUUUACAGUUUUUUUUUUUUAUAUUAUUAUUAUUAUUAUUAUUAUUUCUGUUUUGCAAGGAAUGGCAGCACCGAUCUACUCUUACUCACUGACAGACCAAAUCAGCAUUUUAUAAACUUUUUUUUUUUUUUUUUUUUUUUUUUUUUAAGCUGUCACUCAUUAGCUUUGACUGUAUUGUAUUUGGGUUGUUUUCUGUUUUAAUAUAAUGUUUCUUUGGCCCACAAGACUGGACAGUAACCACCAAACUGGCGUCUGCAAAAGUGAAAGUAUAUAUAUUUUUUUUAUUUUUUUUUUUAUUAUUUGUUUCCAAAAGAGAUGUUUGUGUUCAAAAUGUGUUCUCUAAAUUGUGUGAAUUUAUUUUACAUUUUAGUUUUUCACCCAAAGCAUUAUUGAACAAUGUAGUGUUCAUUGUGAUUCUCACCGAACCAGAGGCUAUGGCAGUUAUUCGGUUCAAAUAAAAAUAAAGAAAAAAAAGGA